AUGGAAGAAGAAGUGACAGGUUGGAAUGAUUUACCAGCUGAGAUGAAAUUCGAAGUUUUUUCAUAUCUACAGGAAAAAGAUCGGUAAGUGUUUGUGGACUUUGCGGAUUUUUAAAAUCCAAUAUUUCCAGCUUCAAAUUCGCAAAAUGCUGUUUCAAUUGUUUACUAGAAGUUCUACGAUAUGAGAAAAAUAUUCAUGCGUUGGCUAUUGAAGGUGUCGAGUUCCCAGGCUGGACAUAUUAUAAAUUGAAAAUCAAUCAUUCCGCUUUCAAAGUAACGUUCAGAAAAUAUGAGGAUUUUUGUGUGAUUGAUUAUCAUGACCAAAAUUUUUCAAAAGCCUCGGCAAAUUGUAAAGUUCUAGCCUACAACAUCUUCGAAAAUCUUUUGGUUAAAUCGAAAAAUAGUUUAAAGUAUUUAACGAUUCAUCGAGUAAGUAAAUUUUUUUUUACAAAAAAAUUUUAAUAACAAAAAAUUUUUUUUAGGUUGAUUUCAUGUUGCACGAUGGUUUGAUUGAUAAGUUUGGACGUCUUGAAUCUUUGGAUGUUAUUACAACUAGAAUUCAUCAAUUUUAUUCGUUUCUUUUAAAAUCGGAAUCAAUUAAAAGUCUUUCACUAUGUGUGCCUCGUUUCAAUAUAAAGAAAGAACAGGUUAAAUAAAUUCUAUUAUCAAAAUCCCCCUUUUAAAUAUUUAAAUUCUUCUAGACCCGUUUACCUGAAGGCUUCAAAUGUUCAAAACUUGAAGACAUGAAUUUGAUUUUCUAUAAAGCGGAUAUUGCUUGGGAUAUCAUAACCAGAUUGGAAGCGAUACAAACACCAGAAUUAUGGAAGGUUAAAUGUUUCAUAUACGAUGCUAACGAAUUCGAUGUAUCUCAAAGAGUAAUGGGGUUUUUCGAGAAUUUAGUGAAUUUGAAAACGAAUCUGAAGUUUUCAAAUGAGCAAUUUGUUCGAUUGGAAAAUUCGGAAAACCUUGCAUUAAUCAAAUGUGAUGCUAGUGAGAUUGAAGCAUCUGCGAUUGUCGAUAUUGUUGCGAGAGGAAUGAACAUGGUUGAUCGGCAAUUCACAAUCACUUUGGAAAAUGUUCAUGAGGAUGUUUUGAAGUUUAGUGAUCGAUUGGCGUUUUUUGCGGUUAAUGAGAACCGAUUUGAAAUUCGCAAAAAUUGGUAUGUUUUAAUUAAUGGAUCCAGAUUUUAAACUAAAAUUCAAGUUGAAAAAAAAAAUUUUUUUAAUUUUUCGAAAUUUUUUUUUUGUUGACCUGAAUUUUUUGCAGCAUCACCAAUCCUCGUCACAUGCACGGUCUAUACGAGAAAAAUAUCGCAAGGCUUCAUUUCAGCUCAACUUGUAAUCCUCAUUAUUAUGUUGCAUGGGGUGUGGCGUAA